AUGGAUCCUUAUUGCAACGGUUGUAAAACUUUUAAAUCGUGUCAUGAAUUUAUGGGUUAUGAUGCCAGAGGUGCACCUAAACAGUUUAAAACAUGUGAUAAAUGCCGUCCAAGGCUCAAUAAAAAACCAAAAAGACCUUUAGAGUCUGAUGACGAUGUUCAACUCCAUAACGAGUAUGAAGUUAUAGAUAUUGAGUUUUUAAGUGAAGCAGUUACAACUCUUUUAGA